GACGCGCUCUCCGUGUGCUUGAAGAUCGCAUUCGGGAGCACUCUUCGCCCACGUCGUCAAUAAACAUCGUUAACGCGGUUAAAUUACUUGGUAAACCUGACAAACAUCAGUGAGGUUGAACGCUUCAUUAACAUAGUUGCCAAAUCUAUUGACAAACGUGACCAUCCGUGAUUUCUCUUUCGGCCUUCAAGGCGACAUCUUCCGUGCUGUGGGUACGCAGUCUCCCAAGUGGCUCCAACAAGUGGUGACUUCGGUUCUCCGUGGCGUUCGGGAGUUCUUGCCGUGCGGUUGAGCAUCGCAUCUGGGACUACACUUCAUCAACAUCACCACUUCAUCAACAUCGCCAAGAACUUUCGUUAACACAGUUAACUGACUUAGUAAACUUCGUUGACUAACAUCAACGAGGUUGAACACGUCAGUAACAUCGUUAACAAAGUCGUUGACAAAGUGAACAUCCACGACAUCUCUUUGUACCGUCAAGACUAUGUCUUCCGGUGGAGAGAAGAGCAAGCCGAGGGGAAACCCUGGCUCGAAGAGGCAGCGCAAGAGGAUGCACUGUGCCAUAAGACUAGAAGCUGAGCGCCAGAUACGGGAGCUUGAGAUGAUCCUGCUGGAUCGUUGUGCACAGCAGCAGGCCAAGUAUCAGCAGGAGCUGCUGGAAUUCCAGAACAGCACCGAGCUGAAGAGCUUCAUCAUCCACCACCAGCAGCAAAAGGCAGAAGAGCAGCAGCAGGCAGAAGUCAACGCUAGUAAUGAGGAUGUGCAGCAGACAUGUCAAAAUAGCAAGAAGGUUGAGAACGAGAUGGAGGAGAUGGAGAAAGUGGGGGAGAGAAAUUGUAUGAAGAGAAAACGUGGGAGUAGGAAGAAACAUAAGAACAAGAAGAAAGUUCUGGAGGAGACGGUGAAAGAAGAGGUGGCUGAGAGAGAGGGGAGUGAGGGAAAGCCCAUGCAGGAAAUGGUGGAGGUUGGGAUGAUUGAGGUAGAGAUGAUUGAGACAGUGGCUUUGGAGGAUGUGAUGAAGGAGGUAGAGUUGAAUAAGGUAGAGGUGUUAGAAGGAGAUGGCAAGCGGGAAUUAGCGAAUGAGGCAGAGGUAGUGGUGAUUGAGGUAGAAGCAAUGGCAAAGCAGGAAGUGGUGGAAGAGAUAGCGGCCAAUGUCAUAGAUGGGAUUGAGAGAGAUGCAAAACAGGUAUUAGCAGAAGAGAUAGAGCCAAAUGAGAUAGAUGGGAAUGAGGGAAUAGCCAAUCAGGAAGUGGCAAAGAAAGUUGCGAAUGUUGUGGAGACAAAGAAAGAGGGAGAGGAUUGUGUUCAGAGGAAACGUAGGAAUAGGAAGCUACGAAGGACUAAGAUUAACGUUCUGGAAGUAGAAGAGAUGAAGGAAAACGAGAUUGAGAGAGAAGGGAAUGAUGGAGAGCCCAAAAAGGAAGUGGCGAGUGAGGUAGCGGUGAUAGAUGCAGUGGCCACGCAGAAAUUUGUGAAAGAGGUAGUGGUCAAUGUCCUAGAAGGGAUUGAGAGAGAUGCCAAGGAGGACUUAGGGAAAGAAGUAGAGGCAAGUGAGGUAGAUGGGAAUGAGGGAAUAGCCAAACAGGAAGUGGCUAAGAAAGUUGACAAUGUUGUGGAGACAAAGAAAGAGGGAGAGGAUUGUGUUCAGAGGAAACGUAGGAAUAGGAAGCUACGAAGGACUGAGAUGGAAGUUCGCGAAGUAGAAGAGAUGAAGGAAAACGAGAUUGAGGGUGAGGGGAAUGAUGGAGAGGCCAGGAAGGAAGUGGUGAAAGAGGUAGUGGCCAAUGUCGUAGAAGGGAUUGGGAGAGAUACAAAGCAGGAAUUGGUGAAACAGGUAGAGGCAAUUCAGGUCGACACGAUUGAAGAAAAGGCCUUGCAGGUCUUGAUCAAUGAGGUAGAUACGAAUGAGGUAAAGACCAAACAGGAAAUGUCAAAACAAGUUGAGAACGUGGUGGAGGAGAUAAAGCAGGAAGGGGCAAAGGAGGUUGAGGCAUAUGUAGUAGAUACCAUCCAAGAAGUGGCAAAAGAGGUAGAGGAGAUUGAGGGAGAGGCCAAGCUGGAGGUGGUUAAGGAGGUAGAGCCAAAUGAGGUAGAGGUGAUUGAUGUAGAAGUGGAGGUAGCAGUGAUUGAGCUCAAGGCGAAUGAAGUAGAGGCAGUCGAGGUAGAUGCCAACCAGGAAGUGGCAAAAGGGGUAGAGGAGAUUGAGGGAGAGGCCAAGCGGGAGGUGGUUAUGGAGGUAGAGCCAAAUGAGUUGGAGGCGAAUGAUGUAGAAGUGAUUGAGGUAGAAGUGGAGGUAGGGGCUAUUGAGGUGGAGCAGAGUGAGGCGAUUUUGGUAGAGGCGAAUGGUGUAGAGGCAAUAGAGCUAGAGGCAAAAGAAAUAGGAGCUAUUGAGUUAGAGGCAAAUGAGGUAGAGCUGAAGGAGGUCGACACGAUUGAUAACGAUACAAAGCAGGAAGUGGUGAAUGAGGAAAGAAGAUGCGAGCAACCUUGGAGGGCAGACAUUGUUCAGGAAGAGAAGAAAGAGAUUAAGCACAUCCCAUCUUCUAAGGGAGAGAGAAAGAACAGUUUCUGGCGUUGGGCAAUUUGGAGCUUCCUGGGCUGCACACGGCAGCUGGAGAACGAUGAGGAAGAGAAGAAUGAACGAGGAGGAGACAGAGGGAAGGAGCGCCAAGACCAGGAGCUGGGAAACAAGAAGAAAGAAAAGUGGUGGAGACUCCGCAGAGGGAGAAACUAG